GGAGUCAUCCCGCUGCUGUAGGCGGGGGCGAGCCCCUUUGCCCGUGAUAUUAAUGUGCUUUACCGCUAUUCCAAUCCCCGAAUCAGUUCGCAAGUAUUUGCCGCUUGUGUGGACAGCAACUUAACGCGUCUGUGUUGACAUCUACUGAAGUCCUUUGCAAUGUCUCGUCGAAAGCAGGCGAAGCCCAGAUAUUUGAAAGGUCAAGACGGAAGGUUAAAUACGAAGGAUGAUAGCGUGAUAAUAGGGAAGAAACGUUGCUCCUGGGAGAGGAGAAAAGAAAAGGAUGAGGACAGAGAAAGAAUUGAAAAAGAGAAGGAUGAAGAUGCUAAAAGCCUACAGCAAGCAGAAUCAUUCACCCAGCAGAGGCUGAAGUACUGCCACGGUACAGCAAAUCAUAAUGUGGAGAAAGAUGAAGCAUGUUGUUUGGCUUUGCCUCUUUCCCUGGUCCUUCCUCCUCUGACCAUGAAGAAGGAUGUGACCUUGGAUCCAAGGGAGAUACAUAUAAAGAUCAUUUGAGACUUGGUCAGUGUGGGAGGAUGAACACCCCUUUGCCUGGCAACAGUUCAGUACCUCUUGAAAUAUCCCAAAAAGAUAUCAGCAGUGAAACCUUCAUAAACAGCAAACAGGGCUUGAGUAAUCAAUAUGAACAGGGUAGUGCUAUGUCCUCCCAACAUCUCUCUCUUCCAAAUGAACCAUCGAAUAACAUGAGGGACACUGAGAAAAGACAACCUUCAAAUUGUGCUGCACAAGAUCAAUCAGCGCUCUCAAUGGCAGAAUGCAGCUGUGCCACCUCACACAUGUCCAGUCCAGCCAGUGUAAAUACUAGGACAACGGCUCCUUCUGCAGAAAAGAGAAAGUCUCAAUUUGACUCAAACAGUUGUUUAGGAAUCUCCAAAAAGCUCAAGGCUUUCAAUAAUUGUGUUCAUUGUCAAAACCACGUGAGCCCCAGAGCACAUUCACAGCCUCAACAUGUGGAAAACAAUAUCCGCUGUAGUUCUGAGAUCCUGACUUUUUCGGAGCACCAGAAAGAGGCUAAUGUGAUGCUAGGCCACUCCGUUUUGCUUGAGGCCGCAAUCACAGCGGCCGUUCAAACAGUUCUUCAGUGUAGCUUCUGUCCUACGUCAUUAAAAGACCUGAAGGCUCUUCAAGAGCAUGUUCGCGAAUCGCACAACUCGGCUUUACUCGAGAGCAACGUCUUCUUCUGCUCGCAGUGCUUCCGAGGAUUUCUGACAAAGGACACGCUAGACAAUCACAUGCAGCAGGUCCACUGUAAAAACCAAAGCUUGAAACUUGAUCCAGACCCAGAAGAAAAGGCAGAACGGAGGUCUUUGACCUUCUGUCCAUACUGUACUCAUUUGCCUAUGUUCAACAGCAAGCUAAAAUUGAUGCAGCAUAUUAGAAAGACACACAAGAACAUUAACUUGAUGAACCUUAAAGAGGGAACCAGGACUGUGGGUUCAGCUUCACCCCUGUCAAUCAAGAGUCCAGCCAAAAAAGCUGCAUUACCUUCAACCGACCUCAUCUGUGACCACUGUGGGGCUAAAUACAAUGAUCUGGAUCUGUUUCAAACUCACUUGAGUUCCCACCUGAAGAGUAUGCUCCCAAAACUUACUUGUCCAGAGUGCUUCAAGGAUUUCCCAAACCAUGAAUCUUUUAGGGAACACACAGUUUCUCAUUUUAGCAAUACAUCUACGCUGUACAUCUGUGAGAGCUGCAGUAAAACCUUCACCAGUGUCAGAGACUUGCAUGAACAUCUACUUGAGAUGCACACCAUUGUGUUUUACCGCUGCUCCCUCUGCCAGAAGGUGUUCAGCUCCAAGAUGUCCAUUCAGGUUCACCUGGCCUCUGAGCACAGUAACAAGAGAACCACGUUCCACUGUACGUCCUGCGAAUGGGACUUCGAGCAAGAGCAUGACUUGCACCUGCAUGUCAAACAGAAGCAUCUCAACAAACAAUGCAAAGAGUACUGUUGCAUCUUCUGCACAGAGUCCUUUAGCACGGACAUUGAGUUGCAGUGUCAUAUCACCACGCAUAGCGACAAAUGCAAUCCCUGCAUAUGUACCAAGACCAGAUCUCCCCUCGAGGUGCCCUUACACGAGAAACUCCGUGCCAAGAGCCAGAGCGCUGAAGGUAACAACCUGACCCCUCCACCUGUCUCCGAACCAGUUGCCAAGGACAGCGCUGGAACGCUGCCAGCGAAUAGUGAAAUAAGAGAAGGUACGAUGGAAUCGCUGUUCAGCCCUCCCACCGAAAGCAAAGGGAAGGCGAAUCUGAACGAUCCUAUGUUUGCCUGUGAAAUCUGCGGAGCUUCUUACACCAUGCAAUCCUUGCUCGCCAACCACCAGCUGCGAGAUCACCACAUCCAGCCCGGGGAGAGUGGCACUCUCAAGCGCAAAGUGGAGGCAAUCCAAGGGAGCCACAAAUGCAAAGACUGUUCCAAGACCUUCUUCACUGAGAUGGCACUGUGGGAGCACGUCCAGACUCAUCUAGGCCCCACCAAGCACUGCCAAUGCCCCAUCUGUGGAGAGCGCUUCCCUUCACUGCUAACUCUGACUGAACACAAGGUCACCCACAGCAGGAGCUUGGACACAGGCAACUGCCGCAUCUGCAAGCUUCCGCUUCACAGUGAGCAGGACUUCCUGGAACACUGUCAGAGGCACCCAGACCUGCACAACUCACUGACAGGCUUCCGCUGUGUCGUAUGCAUGCAGACUGUCACCUCUACACUCGAGCUGAAAAUUCACGGAACCUUCCACAUGCAAAAGGUCCAGGGUGAUGAUUUGAUCAACAGCUGCAUGGAUGCCUCCAACCUUAAAAUCUCUUCGAGCGUUGCUCAGCAGGAAACUGUGACUAUGAACGUCAGUACAUUCGAGCAUAAAGUCAGAGACAAUAAGACUAGCAUUUCCGUAGUCAGCUGCUGUUCGGCUACGGCUCUUAUACCGGAGGAGAGAAGCAAUAAGAACACUCUCACCCAGACCACAACAGUCUGAGUCAAUGGCAAACUCAUAAUUGUAAAUGACAUAUCUGUACUCUUCUGAUCGCUCGCUUGUGAUCUGGAAUAUCUGUAUUAUGUAUUUAUGCCUUAAAUGUGUAAAGAUGUUUGGAAGAGGCUGUUUUCUCCUUUCCAGUUUUAAAAAACACAGGCUAAUGAAAAUACAUGCCUCCAUAUACAUUUCUGCAACACUGUAAUUACAUACCUUACUGCAUGUUUUGUGGCAGUUUCAAAGUGAAAUGUCCAGAGAGUCGUAUUAUGUUGGUACAGGCACGUAUUGCUGUGUUUUUAUUAUGCUGCUUAAAGGGAUAGUUCACCCAAAAAUGAAAAUUUGAUGUUUAUCUGCUAACCCCCAGGGAAUCCAAGAUGUAGGUGACUUUCCUUCUUCAGCAGAACACAAACGAAGAUUUUUAACUCCAACUGUUGCAGUCUGUCAGUCAUAUAAUGGCAGUCAAGGGCAUCCACGACUUUGAGAGUCAAAAAAACAUACACAGACCAAACCUAAUUAAACCCUGCGGCUUGUGAUGAUACACUGAGGUGUUAAGAUAUAAAACAGUCAGUCUGUACAAGAAACUGAAACAGUUUUUAUAUAAUUUUUUACCUCUUAUCCACCGCAAUGUUCAACUGUCCUGAGCUUGUUCACAACAGCCGGCUCGUGACACAUCAGCGUGCUCUGGCAUAGGCGAUCAGGCUGGGAAAAAAAGUUGGGAAUCGGUGAAAAGUCAACAUUUCCGGAUGAGUUUGCGCAAGCAAACUUAAUCUUUUAGUUUUUAAUCAGCUGCAACAAUCAGGAUAAGCACAAGUAGUUUCCAUUUUGAGUAGACGUCAUACCCACAGUCUCGCUGUAUAAACAAUGAUGGAUAAGAGGUAAAAAAAAAUUAUAUAAAUACUGUUCAGUUUCUUGCACAGACCGAUUGUUUUGAAAUCUUUGUUUGUGUUCUACUGAAGAAACAAAAUCACCUACAUCUUGGAUGCCCUGGGGGUAAGCAGAUAAACAUCAAAUUUUCAUGUUUGGGUGAACUAUCCCUUUAAGGUACAUAUUGCGGCUGUUCAGAAUUCCAAUUCCAGAUGGUGUCACUAAAGGUAAAUGUUCUAUCGUGUUGGAAAUACCCUACACCAAACUCAACCCUAAACCUACCCGAUAGUGUUGACAAAUGCAAAAGUAAUAUAAAAAUGCAUUUAUUGAUACAGCCAUGCUAUUUUAACUUCCUUAGCGGAUUUGACUGUUUUGCCAAACCAUAGUUUCUUGGAGCUCAUACCGGAGCUCUUCAUCAGUCAAGUGCAACGCCGUAUCAGUUACCAAGCAAAUAUACUGAGUUAGAAAAUUCAUGCAUAUGAAACUAUAUAUGUGACGACAACGUUCAAAAGUAUCAUUUUUCAAAUUGUGCAGAAUUUUUCAUAACAAUAUUUUGCAAGUAAUUGUGUGAAAAUUAGGCUUUAUUAAUCAAAACUGCGUGUUUAAAUCAUACUUUGUGUAAAAAGGAAUAAAAGUUGUCGGUUUUACUGACUCUAGUGUUUAUUUUAACAGGAAACUGCAGUGAUUCAUACAUAUAGGUAUGUUUUUUUUUUUCAGUUUUGCAGAAAUGUAUAUAGAGGCACAUAUUUCCAAUGAGCCUUUGUUGGUUUUAAAAGUGUUUUCUUUUGUUUUGAGAUGCUCUGCAAAUGACUAAUUCUCCCAAGUGUGAGGCUAAUCUUCAUUGGACACUUCUGAGGUUCUGAACUCAGAUUUACUGCCAUAUUUGGAUCAUUUCCUCUAUCUUUGUUGCGUUUUAAGAUAAAUCCUUGUGUUAAGAAAUGGAGCUGGAUCUUGGUGGAUCGAGACAGUAAUGAGUUGCUGAUGACUGAAACUGCAGAUGCACAGAGGGGCAGAAAAGAGGAUGAGAUGUGGGCAGUGGGACUUGAUGUUCUGAGGGAAAGAGUCAUUAGCGGUGUUUUAUCUAAUUAAAAUCUAAGCAGGCCUCUUGGUAAACUUUAUGGAUUAGAUGUAGGGCUUUUGGACAGUGACAUCGAAUAAUCACAAAACAUUAUUUUGUAUCAUGUAUUUUUAGUAAAAUAUGUUCACCUCUGCCUUUCAGAUAUUUUUGACGCAAAAUUUCAAUGAUGUUUCUUGUUAAUUGUGUAUCUGUAUAUGUUCUGUUGCAGAAAAGUAAAUUG